AUGUCCACCCUCUCCGCUGGCGUCAUUGGCGUCCGCCAAUCGGGCUCAACCAGCGAAAGCCCAGUCUACGAUACACCCUUCGGCACUGUCCAACUUGCGACCUCUAGCAAGGACGGAUCUGGCAACUUUGACCUCGCCGCCGGCUUCACUGCCCCCGCCGACUACCAAGACGAGGAAGACGACGAGGAGGGCGACGACGACGAUGGAGACUCCGAGGACGGCAAAAAGAAGAAGGGCAAACGCGGGCGAUCCGAGGCAAAGGGAGAGCGCGACAUGAAGACCGGUCGCCGCAAGAUCAAGAUCGAAUUCAUCGAAGAUGACGCUCGCAGGCACAUCACCUUCAGCAAGCGAAAGGCCGGUAUCAUGAAGAAGGCGUUCGAGCUUGCCACGCUCACUGGAACACAAGUGUUGUUGCUGGUCGUGUCUCAGACCGGCCUCGUCUACACCUUCACAACACCCAAAUUGCAAGCGCUGGUCACCCAGGCAGAAGGACGAAACCUCAUCCAGGCAUGUCUCAACGCGCCGGAUCCCAGUGGCGGCGGCGAGAGCGGACAGGAGGACCAGUCGGGUGAAGAGGGCAGCGAUGGAGAUGACGGCCUUUCGCCCUCCGAGUCCCAGGCCAGCUCCAACAAGCGAGCCAACCAGAACCGAAAGCGACCUCGCACCGCAUCCACCAGCAAGGCCUCGAGCGCCUCUGGCGGGGCUGCUGCUGCUGCCGCGGCUGCCGGCGAAGAAGAAGGGGCCUCUGGUUCGCAGCUCGCCACAGCCAAGCGCGGUCGUGGUCGUCCUCGCAAGAACACCGCCAGUGCUGCACAAGGCCCAGUGUCGGCUGCCGAUGCGUCGCAUCCCAUGCCUCCCCCACCUGCUCUGCACCACAGCUUCAGCGAGGAUGCCAUCCACCAGCAUCAACAGCACCAGCACCAGCAGCAGCAGCCUCAGUACACGCACGUUCCAUCCGCAGACUUCCCCAACUAUGCGGCAGGAGGCUUCUACGGCGAUGCAUCAGCUGCUGCAGGCAACCACGAUCUCGGCUUUGCCCAACCAGCCGGUCUCGCAGUGGACGCCAGUCAAGCGGCUUGGUCUCAGAACAUGUCGCCCAACACCACCCAGGGCAUGUUUGGUGACGCGCACCACCACCACCAGCAGCAGCUUCACCCAGGGCAACAGCAAGCACAGCAACAACAGCAGCAGCAAGCACCGCAGUUCAACUACGCAGCUCAGCACUUUGGUCACUUCAACCCGCAACAGCUGGCAUUGCAACCGCAGGAGAUCCAAGCACCUCGACCUGCAUGGUGA